AUGAGAUUUCCUACCUCCACACGCUUCCAGCAAAUCCACGCCCCAUUGAAUGGGCAUGGUUAUGAGCCUGUCGCAUCAUACAAGCCAGACAAAAUUGCUGAUACUCAGGAUCAUGAGUUCCUUCAAUCCAGCCUCCAGCAACUAUGUCCUGCAGAGCUGUGGCCUAGCAACUCUCAUACUAGCUGCUGUCCACGCCCGAUCUUCGUCAGCCCCCAGCACCAGGAACGAGUGAGGAAUAUACACCAAGCCCUAGUCCUCGCUAUUACGGAUAUCGUCGAUAGAUGGUGGACCGACCCCGUGGCGCGAUUGCCGGAGCGUAUGCCGUUGUCGGAGCCAGAGGAGGAUCUGCUCAGAUGGAUGGAUGCUCAGCCUGACGUCGUACUGCCCCAUUACAGAGGACGCUUGGGCUCAUGGCGACCGGACUUUCUCAUUGAGCAGGACAGCGCUGGUGACGAGAACUUUCGCAUCAGCGAGAUAAACGCCCGCUUCUCGUUCAACGGGCUCAUGCACGAGGCGUACGCGCAACAGGCCCUGCAAGACAUCGGGAUCAGCGGCGGACGCAAUGGCCUCGUGGGAACGACAGACAUUUCCAAGAUAGCCGGGGCGUUGCUGCGUCUCUUCCAGCCAAGUCAGCCGCUGCACCUGCUCAAGGGAAAAGAAGCGGGCAUGGAUAUCCAUAUGUUUGUGGAUUUUGUCCGGCGUCAUCUAGGACUGACUCCGCGGUUCAUAACGCCUGAGCAUCUUAGAUUGGUCCCAGAUCCUCACUCCACGGGGCACGUCAAGCUCUGCUGCGUGGUAGACGAAAAUGCCAGUCCCCAGAUCCCGACCCUGGUAAACAGCGAGGGGGAAGUCCUGGAAGAGAUCCAGCAAGUCGGACUAGAGUUGCAUCAGCAUGAGCUCCUCAGUCUGCAGCCUGAAAUACUGCGUCAGCUCAGUCUCCGCUGUUUCAACGAUCUGCGCACCGUCCUGCUUGUCCACGACAAGCGAAUGCUCGGCAUUGUCAGAGAUGAACUCAGACAUUUGGUCGCCAGAGACGUGCUGACCCCUUUUCAGGCCAGCUCCCUGCACCAAGGCAUCGCAGAGACACUACUCCCGGGAUCGCCGGAGCUGAUGGCCCUCCUGCAGCGCUGUCGGGGCUCCCCCACCCUCAAGGCUGAGUACAUCCUCAAGCCGAUCCGUAGUGGCAAGGGGGAUGGCAUCGUCUUCGGAGAUGACCUGAACGAAGCGGAGUGGGUAUCGCGUCUAGAGGGUCUGAGAUGCCCCGCGCUGCAUCCAAGCGGUAGCACGUAUGUUGUCCAGCGCAAGAUCAGUCCUCUUCUGUACGAUGUCAUGCUCCGGGCGUCGGGCACCAAGACGCGAUAUCCCCUCGUUGGGACGUACCAUUCCAUUGAUGGAGAAUACUUGGGAUUUGGGGUCUGGCGCAGUAGCGCAGACCGAGUGGUCGCCAUCAGCCAUGGAGGUGCAUGGAUGUGCUCUGUGAUGCAUCGCGAUUGA